AUGGGAGUAGCCUUCAACAAACCAAAGAUCGUGAUAGUAAGAAGUAGCUGCCACACAGAAGGUGAAAAAGCUGUUCCUGUUUACACCUACAAACCCUUCCCAGUACAUUGGAACAGACCAGCAGGCUCUCUGAUAACCAGGGUCAAAGCUGUACCUAAUGUCAUUGAAGAAGAGAAUGACUUCUACUGGUGGACAGACUGUGAAUUUCUCCCAAACAAUGACAGCACUAUGGUCACUACCUGCUCAGCAUUUACCAUACAACCUAACCAGGGACUGACCGUCAGUCGGGCCAUUCAGCCUGGCAAGAUCUGUCUGUUUGAUAUGUCAGGAGACAAGAACAUUCAGUGUUGUUACUAUCGUCAAGCAUCUGUAGCAUCGUUCCCAAAGGUACAGUCAUUCCCGGAUGGAGACAACAUCGUGUACCCCGGCUCUACCAGUGGGGAUAUCAAAGUGAUGUCACUAGAAAGGAUGACGUUUCUGAGUCGGGCCCAUGAUAUAUACUUUCGGGCGUAUAAGUAUGUUGCUGUAUCACCAAAUGGUCGCUACUUCGCCAUCAUGGCACGAACCAGUAGACAGUUUCAGUAUGACUUACUAAUAUAUGACUCAAAUCUUAUCACUCGGGCAGAUAGUAUAAUAAACUGUUACAAGAUAAAUCAAGACUUUCAGGGUUCUAGGUUGAACCUUGAACACACUGUAUGUAAGUGGUCUCCAGACAGUCUUUAUGUGGCUGCAGGGAUAUCACAUGGCCAACUUAUAAUUGUGUCACGAAAGUCACAGAACUGUGUAUGUGAUGUUUUCUCGGAUGUGAUUCCAAGUACAGAGCUCAGCAGAGAGAAAACAUUUGAUUUUAAUCCUAUGUCAAAUCAUCGAAUGGUUGCCAUAGGUACUAAGAAUCGCCUCUUGUACAUAAUUGACGUACAGGAAGGUAUAGUACUGUGUCGGACAGAGGAUGUAUGUGGGGAACAUUCCAUUGAUGUUGUCCGAUUUUCCUGUGAUGGUCAAUUUGUAGGAGUGGCCCUACAUAACUACAUGAUACAACUGUUUUCUCCAGACACCUGUUGUCUCCUCUAUAGAUUUAGUAUGAAGGACAGUCUUCCAUCUCUUCACACCUCCUUUGGACCACAUGCCUCCAUCCUCAACAUCACUUUCACGUCCACUGGAGAGCAAGCUGUUUUAAGUACAGCAGAUGGAUACAUUUCAUUCUGGCAGCUGCCACGUAAAUUGAACCUUCAGUUUAUUUGUAAAUCUAAAAUUCUGUCUAAUGUUAGUCUGGAUAAAGUGUCCAGACUAACUCUUCCUUCAAGGUUAAAGGACUAUCUUCUGUCACUACCUACCAUGUUAUAGGUCCAGUCUACUGGUUUACCAAAAUAAAUCUAGAGGUGUACCAAACUAAC